AUGGCUUGGGUUUUUGAUGAUCCGAACUUCUAUCAAAACUUCAAUGAUUCUUAUUUUGGGGAUGUUAACUUUUACACUGCAUUUCUCAUUUCAACUAUAUUCAACACCAUCUUAAUCAAAGUUGUUUCUAAAAUUAAAAUUUAUAAGACUCCAGUAAGGUAUUCAAUGUACCUGAUGGCACUUCUUCGAAUACUGUUCUCAGCCAGUAUUGCAUUCACUUGUCCGUCUAUAAUAUAUUCUCGAAACGCAAAAAAUUUGUACAUUCUGAAGAACGGCGUAAAUUCUUUAAACUCAUUUGGACAUGUGUUUUUGGCUCUUUUUAUGUCUUGUAUGGUGAUGGCAUGCAGUGGGCCAGCUAUACAAUAUAUUCAAGUUUCCAAUUUGUUGUCUUUUUACCAUGUAAAAGGAAUACAGCGACACAUUUCCAUAAUUCCUGCAUUUAUUUCUCUGGCUUCUCUGGCUCUCAUUUUCUUUGGAUACAUCCCUCCAUCUUAUAAAAUCAGGAUCAGCAGUUUAGUAGAAGCGGUUCUCGAGGAAGAAGGCGAUACACCGUUUCUAAUAAUUACUGUUCGAUUUACGUAUGACUCCACUAAAACCGGGAACAACUUUCAAGUGCUGUCCCAAAUAUGCACGUUUUUCAUUUUAACUAUAAUGUUUUCAUCAAUUUUUACUGUAAUUUGGUGUACGGUGUAUAUACAGAAGCAGAUGAAGAUUCGGUUUAUGGCUAGUUCAGCGUCGCAAAAGUCACAGGAGCAGUUGAACAAGGCCCUUCUACUGCAGUUUAUCCUUCCCUUCAUAACCAUCCACAUUCCAUUCUACAUCGUCGUCGUUUUCCCAUUUUUCGGUAUCGCUUGGAGAACCUUUGCUGACCGAAUAUUUUUCCUUUUUUGUUGGUGUCCUGCUAUGAAUCCCAUUUUUGUAAUGUUACUAGUAAAGGUGGAGAAAAUCGACAACAUUUCAAAAUCAAUUUUUUCAGAAAAUUCGCAACGAAUUAUUCACAUGUGA